AUGUCAACAAUAAUAAUUGAUGAAGAUUAUGAUUCUGAUUUAGAAGUAUUUGAACAAAGAAAUCAUCAAAGUAUUAAAAUAACAAUUAAUUUUAGUUUAACAAUUAAAAGAACAAUAACUUUAAUUUAAAGAAAAGUUACUCUAACAUAUUUAGAAUAAAGAAUAUGAUAGUAAUUUAAUCUCUCCUAUACCAUACCCUAUGGAUUUCAGUAUUAAUUAAAAGAAUCAAAAUCAAACUAAUCUAUUAUAAUUAAACAAAAGUCAUGAAAUUACAAGUGAUCGUUCUUAACCUUCUUCGAAAAUUUGUUUUCCAUCCAAAUCAAAUAAGGCAAAUUUAAAAGGAAACUAUUUAUUUAAGUAAAGUUAUUUACUAAAAACACCAAAAAAAAAAAUGGGAAAUGUUGCAAACACAAAAUCUUAUUGCAAUAAAAAUUAAACUAAUUUAAAUAAUUAGAAAUCUCCUUCUAACAUUUCUACUUAUGAAUAAAAAUCAGCUCGAACUCCAGAACAAUAAAAACAUUAUACUGGAAUAUUGUAACCUUCACCUUAUAAUUCUUGGCUUUAAAAAGAAUAUGAAAAUAAAUCAAAAUAAUAUAAUUUGUCUUCAUUCAUUAAUAAAUCGACUCGUAUUGAAAAAAAAUAUGAAGAUAAUCAAAUUAUCAAAACUGAAGAAAAUAUUGAAAAAAAAAAAUAAGGUGAAAAAAAGAUGGAAUAUAAGAUUCCUACUGGAAAACCUAAAAAAGGAUUUGAACAAUGGUAUGAUUCAUAAAAGAAAUGGUAUUAGCUAAGAAUUACAAUUUUAGGUUAGAACAAACUGAGGAGAAAAUUUUCAAAUAAAAGUUGAAAAUGGAGUAGGAAUUAGGUGAGUAAGUAUAAUUCACUUACUCUCCUGAAAUUUAUGAAGGUUCUAGAUUUAUUGUGUAAAAGAAAUACAAUAAUGCAAACUUAUUAGAAAGACAAAAAUAAUAUUAAGAAGAAUUAUAAUAUAAACAAUUUCAAAAAUAAUUGAGAGAAGAAGAGGAUAAAAAAAUAAAUUAAAUUAGAAUAAGUCCCUUAUCAAGAAAAAUAUUAAGGAGUGCAUCUCCUAAAUCUAAUUGUUCUUUCACAAUUUGCAAUUCUUCCAAUUAAAAUUAUUCAACUAUAAUAAAAAAAUGA